AUGCCCGCUCCCUCCCUCACAGCAGACUGCCCCCAUGGGGGCUGGGGUCGAGCAGCAGCAGCGCCAGCCGCAGUAGGAGGGCCCUCCCCAGUUGGAGCAGGAGCCCGAGGAGCAGAAACAACAGAUGCAGUGGCAGCGUUGUCAGUGCCAUAUGCACGGGGAGGUCGAGGAUUCCGUCGGGCAAGGCUGUCUCUUCUUUACCCUGUUUUUCUUUUGGUGUUGUUGAAGUUGAAUAGAUGCUCGUACUGUGUGGCGGGAGAAGGAGCUCCCCCCGAAAGCCCUUCUUCUGAAGAUGACAGUAGAGAUUCAAAUGGAGAGCGGAGCAACAAUCACCCGCCGGCACCAAAACAACCCGGACAACCUGGUGGUGGUGUCCCUGUCCCCAGCGUUUUCCAGGUUGCUGCAGAUGACAUAUCUUCCCUCUUGCGUUUCUCUCCUCCCAUGCACUCAGCAGCUUCUUCUAUGGGACACCGCAGUAUCUCGCCUCCUGCGCUUCUUGAUCGCCGCCCUUCUGGUGCAAGUCCCGCUUCUUCAGGGGCCGUUGUGGUGUCCGAGAUGUUGGAGCCAUAUGCUUUUGGCCGCGUAGGCGCCUCCUUCGGCAACGUAUUGGUACUCACGGAUGUAGACGACACAUUGUGGUGUUCGGGGUCUAUGGCAGCCUUCGGCAAACACAUCGGAGGCAUAGACAGCGAGCUCGGACGCGGGCUGCCGUAUCCUGCCAUAGGGACCUUGCUUUUUAUGCUAGCUCUGGGUCCCCACACUUGCACCCCCAGCGGCUUGCGUAUACCUAUCGAGCAUUGUCCUGUGCCUCUCCAUUCGCCACAGACGCAGAAUUGCCCGUAUGACUUGCAGCAGCAUACAGUACAGCAUUUAUUACCGCGGAAUGCCGGCGUUCUUUCCGCUAGAGUCUCCACUUCGCUCUUGGCCCAACUCACGCGUCCCCCUUCCUUCUUCAAAGACAUCGACGCAAUUUUUACUAGCGGUGUGCGGCAGCUCUACGGUGCUGGCGCUCCGCGGUGGCCUUUGGGGUAUCAGAACCAAAUCAAGUUCGCCCAAGUAUUGUCUUCGCAGCACUCUCGAGGGGAGGCCAAAGUGUGGGGGUUCACGGAGGCCAUAAGCAGUGGAGGGCCUGCAGUGGUGCUGGGAGACACAGGGGAGAAAGAUCCAGAAGCUUCCGCAGCCAUGGCUGUGAAAUACCCGGAAGCAGUUGCAGCAGCGUUGCUGCACGCCGUCUUUCUUGACAGACAGAAAGAAAUAGAUGCUGGGGGUGGCAGGCUGCGAAGAGAUAUGCCCAAGCACAUGAUUCCCUUUGUUAUGCGCGUCGCUGGGCUCAAGGUGCCUGCAGUGCAGCUGGUUUACGAACUCGUAGUGAAGGUGCGAGGGGGCGAAGAGCUGCAGUCCUUCGGAGAUCUGAGCGACGAGGUGGCUUAUGCUGCCGGCGUCCAGAUAGCGGCGGACGUACGCCAACUGUUUAAAGCGGCAACAAGGAGACAGCUUCUGGCAACAGAGGCACGGGCUAAUGGGGAGCCCAGCUUGUCGCCUCUCCCGCCACCUCUGGUAUUCGUCCACGUUACGCAGCUGCACACGCAGGUUAUAGAAACGCCACAAGAAGUUGGUGUCGCUAGUCAGCUAGCGAGCUUCAGCAGCAAGCUAGCCACGAAGGUCAGCAGGUGGUCGGCGAAGAGGUUUUCACAAAACCCGGAGGUUAUCGAAAUGGCAGGUUUCCGCCAACUAGCCGAGGUGCAUCCCGUGUUCUUGCAGUCGCCGUUGCAGCGGGUAUCGCCGCAUGGCGUUCGUUACCCGUUAGGUGUCCCCUUUGCCAGUUAUCGUACAGCAGUGGGGGCUGCCUUUGCCAGCUGGGCCUUGGGCAUGCUCACGACCCAGGACGUGAUGUCCCUCAUUGUGGCGGCUGUUAGAGAUUUGCGCUCUUUGGGUCCUCCAAACCACUGCUGGCAAAGGACUGUUGUUCAUGAGAUGCUUGUCGAUGUCCUGGUGAGCGAGCUGUCGAUCUGCUUGUGGAAAUACCUGUCUGAGUUCGGCAGGCAUCUUAUGAUGCCAUGCUAG